AUGUUCCAAGAGAAAACCCAGAGAAUCAGAGUGCCUCAUACAUCAGCAUUAACGGUACAGAGCUAAUGUAUCAAUGAAUUUGAUGGUAUACGUGGGUCCAUGCAUUUUGUCUGGCCAGCACCCUUCCCCUCCUCUUUGGCACAGUCCUGUGCAGUUUUCUUCAAGGUAACAGACAUUGAACUCAGUGGGGCUUACUGCCAGGUAAGUGUUCAUGCCAGGUUGUAGCUUGAGUCCCUGAUUGAUUUUGGGCUGUGUCUGUAUGAGCAGGAUAGUAUUUCCAGACCACCCAGGUCCAAAUAAAAGCUACUGGCUCCGUUUUAACACUCUCCUUUCUUUGAUUUUGAAGGCUUGCCCAACAUGUGGAUCAACUGGUAGAAGUCACUGCAGUAGAUGCAAUGGCAACAGCAAGGUAAGUAGCUGUGAGUAAGGAGGAUGUUUUGCUUAGUGUGGAGUUUUGGUUUUGUAGAAUAGUGAGGAUACAGAUGAGAAAAUAAAAGGUGGUGGAGGAAGCAACAUUUCUUUUGUGCAGUAGCCUAUCCUGCUAUUGUCUAAACAGCUGAUGGGAUGUUGACUAAUAGGACCAAAUUGGAACCCCAGAGACACAAACCAGAAAGUCAGUAAAUAUUUGAUAUAGCAAUUGUACUGGAUGUCGGGGAUAUCCAUUUUCUAUACUGGAUUUUCUUGCAUAUUUGGAAGCUCAGAACAGAGAACAGUUAAAACUACUGACUACAUAAUCAUGAAUGUGAAAAAUAUUAAAGUAAACAUUGCAAUACCACCCAAAAUUGAUAAAAGUCACGACUAACAACCCUUCCAUCAAUUUUUAAUCUGUUAAUUCAGAAAAAAAAUUAUUUUUAUUUUUAAAAACCUACAUUUUUACAUGCUUUAUGAAAAUAGAAAGGGAUGAAGUAUGGUGGAAUCGAAUAGAGUAUCAAAGGCAUUGCUGAGAGCAGCCUGUUCCAUCCCACUAUAGUUUACAGAUUGAUGGAACUGGGCAGCUUCUCUUAUUAAGAGGCAAGAAAUCUCCAGCUGCAUCUAGGCAGUGUUAAGAAAGCAGAAGGAGAAGGUCAACACCUCUCAUUUGGAUGGAAUCAGCCAGGUUGGGUCAAGGAGACAGGGAAGUCCUCUGUCACAGAGGGAAGACCUUUGGAUUAUUGACCAAGACAAAGUGGUCUCCAGGACUGACCCUUCCCCUCAUACUUCAGCACCACGUUUCAAGAGUUGCAGGAAACAGAUCUUCUAAUUUUUUUUUGUCUCAGAUGGCAGCAGUUUGAGGUUCAUAGGGCAUUAAAAAUACACUUGGUGGAGAGUGGAAUCUGAUUCACGGGGUGCGGGGGGGAGAGAUAGUCCCCCUUGUUUCCCACAAGCAAGCCACCCAAGAUUGUCUAGUCUUUACAACCACCAAAAGCAGGUAGAAUUGAGAAGGCUUGGAUCUAGCCAGCAUUUCUGACAGGUCUGCAGUUACAGCUGACUCCGUGGUUCAUUUGCCCAUAGGGACACCUCUUCGCAACAAUGUCAUCAUUGGGGAUAUGUAGAAAGGUGGUGCCUUGGGCCUCUCCAUCUACAUUCCCAGGGUGUUACAAGAUGGACAUCUUUGCUUCGGUAGUGAAGUGAUUCCUUGUCAAAGAUGAUCAUGGAGAUCUGUUUUUGCCCAAUGAGUGUAUUGUUUGGCGAUACCCUGCUUAUUUCUGGCUCUUUUGUCUAAAAUUAAAUCCCAACAGCAACAGUGUGGGAGAUGUCAUGGAAGAGGAGUCCGGUUUGUGGAUGACACAUGUGAACAAUGUUCGGGAAGUGGAAUUGAAAAGUGCGUCAGUCAAUAUGCAAAUAUAUGAAGAAGAUGCUCAUUUUUAUUUGCACUGUGGGGUUUGAGUGUUGCACUAUGUGUGACAGUUGCACUGCUUCCUGGUCCCCUGAUACGUGAGAUACCAUGGGCAAUCUUAUGGUGGAGCUUCAAGCUAUAGGUUCAACAGAUGAUAGGUUCACACGUCUACUGUCCCAAUACAUGCAUGUGUAAAUAUCUACUUUUCUCUUGUUACUAUAGCACAGUUGCUCAGAGACUGAGGCAUAGACCAGAAAGUCUUUGCUUCAAAUCUUGCCUUUGCUGUGAACUGAGGCUGUAUACACACUAUAUACCUUAAAAGCACAUUCAAAGCACAUUCUUUCCCUGGGCACUGUGGUUUUCUCCUCUCAGAAUUAAAAUUCCCAACAACGCCCAACAAACUACAGCACCCAUAAUUCUUUGAGGAAAAUAAUAUGUUUUGAAUGUGUUUUAUAGAUAUCAUGGGUGGUCAGCCUCAUUCAUUGGCCUUGGGAAAGCUGCAGGAUGAAAGAGACAUCUGCAGUAUGGGAAUAAUAAGACUUAGCUUACCUUCAGAGGUGUGCAAAUGUUUGAAAUACUGCAUGUGAAGGACUUUAAAUACCCUAAGUUAAAUUUUUAAAAUUAAAAAUAUAGGAAGUAUUGUCCUAGAUCUUUCUGUAACUGAAUUGAUUCAAAUGCAUUUUGCACUUGGGAAGGAAUUUGUGCCCAAAUGUAAAAUAAAGCAAAAGGAGUUGCCUAAUGGCAGCACCCUGGAAUGAGGGCUAUAGUCUAAUUGUCUGAGAAACUAGGGGGCGGGGGAAAUGGAAGUCUCUUCUGUUUCAUGAUUUCUCGCAUUCAGAGACGUGUACAGUUGUUUUGCAAAAUUUGAAUUAGCGUGAAAAGUUAGACUAUGAAAAGUUAGCGUGAAAAGAUAUGCGAUGAUGAUGCAGCAGCCUCCCUGAAGCUAAAUCUGGUCUGUGCCUUGUUGGGAGAUGUAUGGAAGCCUGUGGGAAUUCCAUGGUGGAAAAAUACAUAUGAACGAAAGGCUGCCUUAGGGAUAUGUAUGAAAUAGAAGGAUCCGAAGAAAGCAAAAGAAGCAGAUUUCCAGCCCUUAACCCAAACUAUGGGUCAUGCCGCACUGCAUGUCUCUGUGUGCCUGUGUUGGCUAAGUGUAUUCAAGAGAGCAGAAAUAGGGUUGCCAUCCCCUGACUAGUAUUGGCCAAACUGGAAAAAGUUGCUAACUGAAAAAGAAGCUUUGCUUGUUAUGCGUCCUGAGGCCCAAGAGAUAGCGGCAUUUCCCAACAGAAAAACGAAACAAGAAAACAGCUCUAGAACUGAGAAACCUCUAUUCCAUUGGUUUUACCAGAUUAUCCUUCCCUUUUUGUGUGUGUGUUUCAGCCGGGCUCACAUACCGAGUAGUUUCAUUACAUUUUAUCGCACCUUGUGUUUUAUUACAUUUUAUUUACAGUUGCCAGGAGUGUUCUGGUACGGGAACCACAGUCUGCAACGACUGUGAAGGAAAAGGACAACUGCUGUCGUUCAUUGAGCUGCAAGUUGAAUGGCAAGUCUUGUCAAAAUAGACUGUGGUGGAAAGGGGAGGCCGCUUCUAACUGCGUGGAAAAUCGGCCCUGCCUACCAGUAUAGAUGCUAGAAAUGGUUACUCAAUUGAUCUGGAAAAUAUGGGCUUGAGGCCUCUUCUCAUUUAGGUUAGCAUAUGGGGCUAAAUGAGGCACCGCUCUGGCUCAAUCCGCGCCGACAGCUACCUUUGAGCAUUGUGCCAGUUUUGUGACUUCAUAAAUUUAUGGUCAGCCCCUGAUGUGGUUCAGUUCCCCCAUGGGACUGCACUGUGUUUGAUUUAUGUUGGAGAUUGGGCCGGCUCUUUGACUCCACAUAAAAAGCUUACAUAGUAGGGGGAGCCAUUUUGGGAGCGUUUGGUUUGAGAAGGCCGUUGUGCUGUGUUGUCAUUGCAACUCUCCUGCCUUUUGCCUUCAUAGGAAGAACAACGUUUAUGAAUAUGUGGCAGAUGAAAGAUCUGGAUUUCCUAUUGAACUGUUCAAAACGGUUACUGGAGAGACGUUGUUUGUUGAUGACAGCCCUAUGGUAAUGAAAUGCAGUAAUGCAAAGAGAGGCAGGACUUGAAAAGGAACCAACUUAAGUGUUGGCAGUUAAUUAAUCGGUGGAGCAUAUUUCACCAUAUAAUGUCCCCCAGACACAUAAAUCUUCCCCCACCCCACUCCAACCUCUCUCUCACCCUGGGCCACAACACACACGCAAUCAUAAAAGUAAUGGUAGCCAUACAAAAAUACACAGGUAUGACUGUGACAUGCAUGUGCUCCUCCUUCCAGUCAUGGUGUUUUGGUGUUGGGUGACAGUGGCGCUUCGCCCACUUCAGUAGUGCAUUUGUUAAAGGCAACAUCUCACCGCGACUGAGAUGGGAAGCUCUCCACCACCAGGUCAGUAGUGACCUGGUGGCAGAGCUACUGCAGCUGGGCACGAGGCGCCUUGCAGCCAAGGAGGCAUUGCUGCCGACUCUUCUCUCUGAGACCUGGUGAUGGAGCCGCUUUGACUGGGUGUCCCUUGCCACAACCAGGGAGGGCCACUCUCUGCCUCCAAGUCAGAAGUGACCUGGCGAAAGAGCUGCUGCCGCUGGGUGCGAGGUGUGUCGCGGCCUGCUCUCCUCCCCCGGUUCAGGGUGGAGCUGCGCCUGGCACAAGCGCCGUAGCCAAGGUGCAGCUCCUUGUGACAUGGAGCCAGGCUCCGAUGACAGGCGCCCCCUCUCAAAAUUGUCCCCUGGCACCCCCCCCCAUUCUAUGCCUCUGCCCACUGGGUAGCUUACAGCCAAAUUGUACAGCGAUCCUACUAUUUUAGAACUAGCAUAUGCCCAUUUUUUGACAGAUUUGUGUUCUAGCUCUGACAUAACAAGUUAUCUUAUAUAUCGUUGCUGCAUCCUAGAUCCUAAGAAACUCUUCUGACCAGGGCUUCCUGUCCCCAACCCCAACAGUGGCAGUCAGAAAAUAGUUUUAGACAGGAAUGGUGGUUUGAACGCAAUCUUCCAAAUAGCUCAAUAAUACAUUUAAUGGAUUAAAAAAAGCUUUUCAUACCCAGUGAUUUGUUAAGACAUGCUUUGAAGAUUUUGCAUCUUAAUGGCAUUUCCAGAAAACAUGCAUAUAGUUUGCAUCAGGCUGGGGUAUACAUUUUCUAAAGCACCCUCAUAGCUCCCAAACUAUUGCUGGCCUUGAUAGGCAAGACAAACCUUGUGGACCUAUCACUCUGCACGAAGUCAGGGACAAUCCCCCACUUUCUUCCCGGCUGGGGAGGAUGUGGGUGGGGCAACCCGGGGGAGAACAAUCUCUGUGCUCCUCCUUCCAGUCAUGGAACUGUAGAAAUUUUGGUGUUGGGUGACAGUGGCACUUGGCCCACUUCAGUAGUGCAUUUGUCAAAUGGCAACACAUUUUUCUGUGGAGGCCCACGCUGGGGCUUGUUUUGGCACUGGGCUACCAGAGCGUUAGAAGUGCCAAAGUGGGAACCCAACCUCUCUCUGGCUCCCAUUUCCAUUAGACGUUUAAAACAGCAUCACACCACAUUAAACAGUCAUGGCUUUCCCCCAAGGAAUCCUGGGAACUGUCUUUGGUUAAGCAUGCUCAGAGUUGUUAAAAAGGUAAAGGAACCCCUGACCAUUAGGUCCAGUCGUGACUGUCUCUGGGGUUGCGGCGCUCAUCUCGCUUUAUUGGUCGAGGGAGCCGGCGUACAGCUUCCGGGUCAUGUGGACAGCAUGACUAAGCCGCUUCUGGGGAACCAGAGCAGCGCACGGAAAUGCCGUUUACCUUCCUGCCGGAGCGGUACCUAUUUAUCUACUUGCACUUUGUGCUUUCGAACUGCUAGGUUGGCAGGAGCAGGGACCGAGCAAUGGGAGCUCACCUCGUGGCUGGGAUUCGAACUGCCGACCUUCUGAUUGGCAAGUCCUAGGCUCUGUGGUUUAACCCAUAGCGCCAUUCCUUUCAGAGAGCUGCAGUUCCCAGAGUGGUUUACUAAUCCCUCUUCCCAGGGAACUCUCCUGAUAAUUUUGUGUAAAAGAGAGAGGGCUGGACAGGGACAUAGUGGGUUGCCCAGAAACAGCCUGGCUUCAUCAUCUCAUAUUGGCAACAGUAGUUUGCUCUGCAAUUUACUUACCUGUCCGCAGUGCAGGCAUGAGGCUCUUCUUGGGUGGUAUUCAGUUGAAUUUUGAGAUCAGCUAUGGUUCAUGUCUACAUAAUGUGAUAAAACAAUGACUAGCCUGCUCUUUCUCCUCACUCAGGACUUCAGUUUUCUAUUUGUAUGUCUUUGAAAUUUGUGUUUCCAUAGGUAUAUCCAGUGAUUAGUUUCCCUGAUUUUGGCAUCAGUCAAGCCUCCAGCAAUGCCGUUGAACAACACCAAGCUCAGUUUGCAUCUCCAAGGCAGGCAAGUGCUGUGAAUAUUAACCAAAUCACCACUGAGUGCUGUGGUCCAAGAGAAUUGCCUGGAGCGCUUCCUUCCCCCGUGCAGGGUCAUGGUGAAAUUCAUGCACCUGCUGGUCUCCACUGGCCUGUGCCCUUGCAAACAUCCUAA